AUGGACUCACUGGAAAUCGAUGACAACGUAUCAGGAUUUGAGAACCUCACGAUGACACGGCUCAUUACUCCAGAUUUCCAGAGAAGUCAAACCCCCAGAAGUGCUGUUGUGUGUCUUGGAUUACUCUGUGCCGUCCUGUUGGCUGGAAACAUAGGACAGAUUGUGAACUAUGAACUGAAGAUCCGUCCAGUCUUGGCAGAUCUAAAUCAAGUUCAUCGCCACACUCCGCAGCAAGCGCAGCACUUUCUCCAAAAUGAUACCCUGAAUAAAGAGAAAGAUCAACUAAAGACUAAUUUAGAUGCUUUAGUGACUAGACUGAACAACCUGACAAAAGAAAAAGACCAGUUGCUGACCAGUUACAAAACUCUGGCUAAAGAAAAAGAAGAUCUUGAAAGUGUUCACCUGGCCUUGACUACUGAAAGAAAUGAGUUCAAGGCCAGUGUCAAUAAUCUGACCGACGAGAAAGACCAGUUGAAAGAGAGUUACAACAUCUUAAAGCAGACGAGCGAUCAAUUACAGAUGAGCUACGAUGCUCUGCAGGCUGACCACAAUGUUCUGACUGAGAGCAAAGAUGAGCUGCAGAACAAUUAUGCAACGCUUCAAACAGAAAAAGAUGAGCUACAGACACGUUUGAGUUCAGUGGAGGCACACAGGAAUCAGUUAAGAUUACUAUUAAGCAAUUACACUGCACUGAGGAGAGAAAAAGACCGGCUGCAAAGACAGUUCGAUUACCUAAACUUAAGAAGAGAUCUGCUUGAAACCAGCUACAGUUCACUGUUCAAAGCCAAAGACAGGUUACAAUAUGAUUUGACCAAUACUCAGAGGCGAAACCAGCAGCUGCAGACCAGUCGAGACCAGUUACAGAAGAUGGUGAAUGAGAUGGAAGCAAAAAUAAGAGGUAUGAACUGUCAGAUGGGGUGGAGGAAGUUCGGCAUGAGCUGUUACUUCACCUCAGGAAGCAAGAAAAACUGGACGGAAAGCAGGAAGGCUUGCAUCGCUGAGGGAUCUGAUUUGGUCAUCAUAAACACCGGAGAUGAACAGGCAUUCGUCAACUCAUUACUGAAUUCAGGUGAAAAUGCCUGGAUUGGUUUGACUGACAGUCUUACUGAGGGGGAGUGGAAGUGGGUGGACGGGACCCCGGUCACAACGGCGUACUGGCAGCCUGGGCAGCCGAACAACAAGUUUGUGGAACAGGACUGUGGAGAAAUAGUGCAAAACUCACCAGUGGGCGACUGGAAUGACGAUGGCUGUUUCGCCGACCAGAAAUGGAUCUGUGAGAAAUAAGAUCAUUAAGAUUUAACCCACUGAUAUCAUAUGACUUUAAAUCACAGUCCUAAUAUUUGUCUUUGGCGUUUGGAGUCUACAUUUGCAGCACAUUUUCAAUAAUAUAUAAACAGACCGAGAGACUGGACGGUGCAGACUGUGGGCGGAUCUGACAGUUUUAUGGGAUAUUUUUUUUACUGCUGGUGAUAAAAAAUACAGAAUAUUACAGCCUUGUCCUUUAAUAGUGUUAAGGUUUUGGUUUACCUUGGAAGA